UAUCCACUUGGCACGUGUUAUUAUUGUUCAUCGCUCAGAGUACAGAAAUAGCCUACUGACUUCCCCUUAAUUCUGUGUUUGCCGAAGACAUACCCGUAAACUUAAAGAAGCCUGCGACAUCAUGCCUUGCAUAGAGAACUGGCAGAAGAAACCGUUAAGCAUUGUUCAAAAUAUUUUCGAAAAUCGCAGUAAAGAUGAUUGGAUCUCAGAAGUUGCAAAAUAUUUUGAAUCACGUUUGAGUAAUGAAGAAAAUAUAUCAGUGGUUCCUUCUCUCAAUGACAAACCAAUUCAUGAAAUUCAGCCUAACUGUCUCGUUAGAUUCAGAUGUAUGGUGCAAGACACAUUCGACAAUGAGUUUUUUCUCGAAACCUACAAUAUCACAGAUAAAGUGAAGGGUGAAACAGUGAUGAAGACCAGUUGCUUCCAGGACUUGAUUGGACCAGGUGAUUAUGACAUUGAUAUGUCUUCAGAUAAAAACAAGACAGGAAUGAGACAAAUUUUAUAUUGUGUAUCUAUACCUGCAGAGACAGAUUGGGUUAAAGAGUCAUGGAAGUCAGUGUUCACUUCAACCAAACCAAACAAGGAAGAACCAAGUACGAGUGGACAAUCAAUUAAAAGGAGCCGUGAUGAAGAUGAUGACACAAUGACUGUUGAAGAAGGCAAUAAAGAUCAAGGUGAUAGAGAUUUUGGAAGCAACAAGAGAGUCAAGCCUUCUGCUAAUUCAGGAAGAAGCAGUAGUGCUGCAGAACCAUUGAACAAGAAUCAUCCUUUACCUGAUGAAAACGGUCCUGUUUGUCUCGUAAAAGUUUAUGAUGAAUCAGCUGAUUUUAAGGUGAAUGAAAUCAUAGAGUUUUAUGGUGUAUUAUCGGUCGAUCCUGAAUUAUCAAGUAUCUAUGAUGCACAAACGAAUGAAGAAAAUGGCAUGUGUGAAAUGGAUGUUGGAGAUGCAGAAGAAAAGAAAGCCCAUCAUCCUCCAGCAUCGAUUGUUCCAAGACUACAUGCUUUAACAAUGAGGAGAUUGAAUCAUGAUAAUCCUAUUCUUCCUAUGGAAAUUCCCCCAGAACAGAGAUCUCAGAUGCAGAAAGAUGCCUCAACCGUUCGUAGUUGUCUUUUGGGAUUACUUGAAAAAGCUUUGUUGGGUGAUUCACUUGCUGCUGAAUAUUUGUUGUUGCACUUGAUUUCAAGGGUGUAUUCCAGGCGAGACAUGCUUGCUUUAGGUAAAUUUUCACUUAAUAUUUCUGGUAUUCCACCAAAUUCAACAUAUCCUAGGAUUUUGUCCAAGUUUUUACAAGAUUUAGUGACAAAGCUUUAUUACUUACCUAUGUCAAUUGAUAAAUUGAAUGAAGGGAAGUUCAUACCAACGAAAAAUUAUUCAACAAAUCGAUUAGAUUCUGGAAUACUUCAAUUAUCAACUGGUACACAUCUUGUAUUGGAUGAAACCAUGUUGAAACCCGGUACCAUGGAUGCAAAUGGAGUGAAAAAUGUGCAGGCUCUCAAGAAUGUAUUGACUUUUCAAAAAGUGGAUUACAAUUUUCAAUUUCAUGAAGCAUCAUUUGAUUGUGAUAUCAAUGUCUUGAUCUUAUCUGAGGGAAAAUCUAUGCUACCAUGUGAUUGUCAGAUUGAGUUGAAACCGAAAGAUGGAUUCCCAGGAAAUAUAGAAGAAUAUUUUGCAUCGUUCUGUUCUCAAUGUCCUAUGGAAUUUUUAAAUAAAAGCAGAUCCUUCAUAUCAUUUAUAAAACUAAUGGAUUAUGAAUUGACUCAAGAAAUGACAAAGACAAUUCAAGAUGACUUUGUGUCGGCCAGACGACAAGACCCAAAUGGGGUGACUGCGGAUGAUUUACAUGCCUGGUUGGUUCUUGCUCGAUUGCUGAGUAUAAGUGUUGGACAACAGAAUUUAAGUCAUCAAAGAUGGGAGAGAGUGAAAGCAUUGGAAGUGCAACGUAAAGAGCGUUUAACUGGCUCUACCUGUACAAGCCAGUUUAACGGCUCAUGAUUUCAUUGCCCAGAAUGCAGUUGAUCAAUCAUAGACUAGAGUUAUUUAAGUAUGUUAUAGUACACACACACACAAUCAAGAAUGUAAAUUACAUCUCAAACUUGUAGAAUGGAAUACCAUUGUUUUGGUUACAACUAAAAAUGGAAUUGAAACUAAAACCAUAUAUGGUCCUUCUGAGUUGUUGAAAACUCUUUGAUAAACUUAUGCCACUGUUUCUUUGAAAAAUUUGGUUGUAAUACACUGAAGUCACAGAUUGUAAGCUCAUUUCUAGCAAGCAGGAUUGAUAUUUGUUUACUUUGAAAAUUAAUCAUAUCUAAAUAUGUUUCCGUGGGUUAAUAUAAUUGAAAAAUGUACUGCCAGGAGUAAAUGUAUUAAAAAGUGUCAUUCUCAUUGCCUGUAAUAAAUGUUCCCAACUUUUGUAUA